AUAUUUAGAAUUCUCAACAAUGGCAGUAAGACCGUAUUUGCGUAGCUCUUUAGCUAGAACUUUAUAUGAAAAGAUGGUAAAGGAUGAAGGCCUUCGAAGAUAUGAUAAAUCAAAGUGGUAUGAAGUAGAUUUGGACCUUGUCAGCUGCAAUAUGAGGGAACUAUUCGUUGCAAGCGAAGUGGACCAGGACACUGAAGAUUUUUUGGAAAACAGCUGUGAAAAAUCUGACUGGGUGAUGACUCAAGUAUUUCAUUCCCUUGUAAGGAGCAUUCUUUGCUGGUUCAUGACGAGGACGUCCAUCAAUGGAUUUCUUGGCCGAGGCUCUAUGUUCGUGUUCUCAAACACUCAGCUGGAGAACCUUCUUGGAAAUUAUACGCAGCCGACUUGGAAAGAAUGUGGCAACAUGUUGGAUUUGGGUGCUGGUGACGGAAAGGUCACUGAAGUUAUGUCAUCGUAUUUCCAGAAUACAUAUGUCACUGAAAUAUCGGGUGUCAUGAGAAGAAUUUUAGCAGCAAAGAACUUCAGGGUAUUGGAUAUCGACAACUGGCAUGACCCAGGAGAAGGGCCCCGAUAUUUUGAUGUCAUCAGUUGCCUGAAUCUUCUGGAUCGCUGCGACCGUCCGAUAACGCUGCUUCAGCAAAUUAGGAACAAAUUGAAUCCAGACAGUGGGCUUUUGAUUUUAGCCGUGGUGCUCCCACUCAAUCAGUACGUAGAAUCAGGAGAAGACCAUCAACCCGCAGAAAAGAUCCAAAUCGAAGGUAAAACUUUGGAAGAACAAGCAUCAAGUCUUGCUCAGUCCCUAUUUGUAGAAAGUGGCUUCCAAGUCUUGCGAUGGACCAGAUUGCCUUACUUAUGCGAAGGAGAUUUGGAUCAAUCUUUCUAUUGGUUGAACGAUGCUGUAUUCGUUAUGAAAGUGGCAGAUUCUUGUAAUAGCUGAACACACAAAUGUACGAAAUAUUUUCCAUAUUCAUAACAUCAUAACAUUGUUACUUACAUUUCCUGCGAAGCUGGUAUUUAAAAGAAAAAUGGUGGAUUUUGAA